AUGGAAGGAUGCUCUUGUUACUUGGCAAUGGUACUGGUUCAGCUCAUAUAUGGUGGAUCAAACAUCCUCAUAAAAUUCUCCCUUGCAGAAGUACUCAAUCCGAUUGUCUUCGUUGUUUACCGGCAUGUUAUGGCCAUGGUUUUGGUAGGACCAUUUGCUUAUGUGCUUGAAAGGCCACUAAUCUUAAAUAUAUUUAACCCUGAGGCUUUGGCCUCUGUUAUCACUUUACCACCAGGAUAUGCUUUUUGUGCAUCAUUGCGAUCUUCUUUUCUUGCCCAAUUUUCACAAGCAACCAAGGGUUCUGCAGUGACGCAGCCUGUUUUAGCUACGCUCCAUCCGCUUGCUGGUAUUGUGGCUAGUUGUGGUAAGCUCAUGAACCAGUUUGACAGCUGUACUGUUAGGCAUAUCUACAGAGAAAAGAAUUGUGUUGCAGAUGGAUUAGCUAACUGGAGCUAUAACAUGGGUCUUGGCGUGUGUUAUUUUGAUUUUGCUCCGAGUUGGAUCGGUUCUUUAGUUAUUGACGACUUGAUUGGGGUGUCUCGUCCCCGUCUUUUCUGUGUUGAUUUGUUGUAG